AUGGCUAUAGAGACGAAGCAAUCGUUGACAGCUCAAAUAACUGCCAUACUCUCUUCCAGUAAACAUGAAAGCUCCGAUUCAAGGUCUAUUGCUUCAUCAAAAUCAGAUUUGGGCCCGAAGUCAGACACAGAUUACUCGAUAGUUCCAUUGUCCCAAGAUCAGCUACUUGUUGAGUUCCAAGACAAUUCACCUCGAAACCCUCCGAAUUGGGCACUUAAGAAAAAGAUUUUCAAUGCCGUUGUGGCGCUAUUGGUUGUUUUCAAUAGCGGCAUAUCAUCUGCACUCCCAAGCAAUGCCGUCCCCGCUAUCAUGCAGGAGUUCAACCAGUCGGGCGACGAACAGAAGGUCUUACCAACUGCCAUAUUCCUCAUCGGCUACGUGAUUGGACCGAUGGUUUUCAGUCCAUUGAGUGAAACCAUUGGUCGCAGACCCGUUCUCUUGUGGUCGUUUACUGUCUUUGUGCUCGCUACGCUUGGCUGUGCUCUUGCACCCAACUGGACUGCACUGCUCAUCUUUCGAUUAAUAUGCGGUCUUAUGGGGGCUGCUCCUCAGACUGUCAUUGGUGGAGUGUAUGCAGAUCUGUUCUUCGACAUCCGAACUCGUGGUCGCGCAAUGGUGAUGUACAUGUCGGCCUCAAGUUUAGGUCCAAUUCUCGGCCCCAUUAUCUCCGGAUGUUCAGUCAAGUACGGCUGGCGAUGGACUUUUCGAAUUGAUUUGAUCCUUAUCGGGACGACUUGGCUGGGCUUGCUUUUCUUGUCCGAGACUUUUGGUCCGGUUCUACUGAAGCGACAAGCCGCAAAACUUCGAAAAGAGUCGGGAACAAACCGCUAUGUCUCACCAGCGGAGCUCAAAUCGGAUACCACUUUUAGUACCACACAAAUCAUCACUCGCCCGAUCACGAUGCUUCUUUUUGAGCCCAUCAUCACAUCCACGGCUGUCUAUAUCUCCCUCGCCUACAGCUUGGUCUUCUUCUACUUCCAGGCCUAUCCAAUUAUCUUCCAAGGUGUGUAUGGCUUUACCAUUGAGCAAACCGCCCUUACAUAUAUUCCUGUCGGCAUUGGUGCCGCGGGUUCUGGCCUCGCCACUUUCUACUACGACACAAUCUACGAGAAGGCAAAGAAGCAGGGCAAAGCCUGGACAGCCAGUCCCGAACUUCACCGACUUCCUCUGUCAUGUAUUGCCGGCCCAUGCUUGACAGCGAGCUUGUUCUGGCUGGCGUGGAGUGCAAGGGCAAACCUCCACUGGGCAGCUCCAGUGGUUUCGGGCCUCGUAUUCGGAUUCGGAUACCAAGUCAUUUUCACUUCCCUCCUGACAUAUGUGACUGAUGCGUACAAGAUCUACUCCGCCAGCGCGAUGGCAGCCUCGGUCAUUGUGCGAAGCAUUGCUGGAGCACUGUUUCCACUCGCUGCAGGCCCUCUUUAUGAUUCCCUUGGUGUCUCAUGGGGAACCUCGCUUCUCGGCUUCAUCAGCCUGGCCUGUAUCCCCAUACCUUUCGCUUUGAUGUACUGGGGCCCCUUGAUUCGCGAGAGAAGUCCCUUCUGCCAACGACUGCUUCUGGAGGAGAAGCUUCGUGCGAGUGGAUCCAGCACCCCGGCAGAAGUAUAA